GUCUGUAUUUUAGCUUAGGGACUAUAUGACAGAAAAUGGAAGCAUUGACAAAAGGGGACACAAUCUGCAAAAUAAUAAAAGAUAUUUUAAUGGGAAUAAUGGUUUGAAAUUGAGACAGGAAAAUGUAUCCUGGAAAGAUGAUAUGUCUAUGGGGCACAUAUGAUGUGUAUCUGCUCGGAGGACGCCCUUUGGAAACACUGGAAGAUUCAAAGCUCAGCUCAUGUGAACAAAUACAUGCAAUGCCAUCCUGACUGCAGCCACAUGGGACCUACAUCUUUUAGUUCUCUUAUUCUGGGGGUUUAUUUCAAUUGUUCAAUGUUCUCCUUGAAUUGUGCUUCACUUAUUUCCCAAGAACAGCUUGACAGCAAGUGAAAGGGGCCUGCAGGGACUUCAUUUUGUUGUAGUUAGUGAGCAUCUGAUAGAAGUGCUACAGGUGAUGCGAGGUUUAGCUCUCAGUGGAAGACCUGAGAGUGGAUGAAUUUUUGUUUCCCUUGUAUUAUCUUUAUACAGCUUUAAUUAGAUCUUUGAAGUGGAAGGAACUGUUCCCCAGGCUUAGAUGGGUGAAACCAAUGUAAGUACUUUCCUUUUAAAGGAGGAGUUUUGAUGCUCCUUUGACUAAAGCAUCAAAUGGCCAAGCAACAAUUCAGCCUAAAAUUAUUGUAACGUUACUGUUUCCUCUUCAGCUUUGGUGAUGAGCCCCUAAAGGCUCCUUGAGUCAAGCAGCAGCAGAACAGACUUGAGUAAAAAAACUGUAGCAUAUAGGUGGGGCAUGCUUUGUUCACAGUGUAUUCCUUGAGGCAUCUUCAUAUUGCUUAAUUCCCCAGUGCUGUUUAGUGUUACCAGAAACCGUGCACCACAACUGAGGAUUGACUGAGGGUACAAACUCAUUCUGAAAGAGCUGGGGACCAACCUUGACCUAGUUGGGACUUUGAGGCUCAGAACAGCCAAGUAGAGUUUUUUGCUGUUGGUUUGAGUUGGUCUGAGUUCUGUUUAGAGUAGCAAUGUGACCAUGCUGUUGUGACUUUCCUAUCACUCUUUAAUGUCUCUUCAUCUGGUUAAAAGUCAGCUGGAAAAUCUAUGGGAAAGUGAUAGUAUCUUCUCCUUUUUAGCAUACCCUACAGAAGUGCUCUUCAUGUGGUUCUUCAUUAAGUGUGUAUACAUUCUUUUAAGAGCAUGGUCUGUGGGAUACCUUGUGGAGCCUUCCCACAACAGACCAAUAGUGCUUGAAUCCUUUUCCACAGAUACAACAAGAAUUUAGGUUCACUUUUUCCAUUAAAUCAUGAGAGACCCUUGUGAAUCAAUCAAACACUGUGCUCGGGGGAACUGGGCUGAUAUGGGUAGUUGGUGUGCACAGUGCUUCAACUUAGAAGGACACUGGGGAAUGGAAUACUGACAAUAAGUAAUUUACAGUUACUUACGCUGUUGCCUGUUAAUGUUAAGAAUGUUUUUUAGAUAAUGGCUUUUCCUCCCAGUCAUUACCAGCUGGAGUACCGAGAUUCACAGAAUUCAAUGUGAAAUCAGAAUAACUUCUUAAUGCAAGUUUGACUCGGAUCGUGUCAGCAGAACAGAAAAUGCAGUUUGCUGCUGUCAGAUGGCGGAUCUCCAAAUCCUCAAUCACUCCCAUCUGGGGCUUCCUUCAUCUUGUUCGUUUUGGUUUCUAGUGAGUCUAACAGUUGCUAGAAAAACAAAAUAACGAAUGCCAGAUAGGGCAUCUGCUGCUUAUUGGUGCUGUGCACGCCUUCCAGAGCUAAUGUGUUCCAGUCAGUUUUCAUAUGAGAUGCAUGUCUAGUUUUUAAUGUUUUUAACCUUUAUGGUGUUUCUUUAAGUGAGACAGCUGGUAGCUGAUGUGAAACUCUAUAAAGUGAUCUGCACAGCCAUGAUCACAGAAUCACAGAAUUAUUAAGGUUGGAAAAGACCUGGAAGAUCAUCUAGUCCAACGAUUACCAAUACUUCCCAGCUAAAUCAUAUUCAUCAACAUGCCUGCAGCCAUGAUGCAGCCAAUUGCAAAAUCCUCAUGGCUUGUAAGAAAUCUGAGUGGAACAGGUCUGGGAACAUAAGGCUGAGUGGGUUAAUGAUUAAAACUGUAAAGAAAUGUUUGCACAGAUGUGACUUUGUGUAGUUCUGUUUCUUAUUUCCUGGCUCUUUAGUCUGCCCUUGAAGUAGUUCUGUUCAGGCUCACAACACCCAUGUGCAGCACAUGAUGUUUUUACCUGUUUUCAGGAAGACAAGCUAGGAAUAAUCUGUCCACACGUCUUCUAAAUCUGACAAUGACAUGGAGAAGGCCACACUACCAACUUAAUGUCCUCAUAAUGGAGGGAGAAGCUGUUAACAUGUAUCAGAUGUAAGAAACCCUGUAAGGCUUCAGUGCUCCAGUGCUGCGCUUACGUGUGCUUUCCAACAGCCGAGGAAACCCAAUGACUGAAGAGGGGGUUUUGUGCACUUUGAGAAUCGUUUUAACCCUGAAUCUGGUUUUACUCAUUUGGAAGAUUCCUUUUAUUGGAUGUUGUCGAAACAUCAGCGGGCCCCAAAUCUGAGCUUCAUUUGUACAGUUUGGAGGCGCCUCCUCUACGCUGCCAUGCAGGUUUUGUAAACAGGAACCAUGAUUAAAGAUAACAAAGAAGCUGUUCCACUAAUGGGCAAGAAAACAAAUCCACCUGGUGCACCUCCUUCAAACCAGCAAGAGAAGAAACCAGCUGAGAGCACUCCCACCAAGAAAAGUUCACAUUUUUUUCUGGAGAUCGAAGGAUUUGAAAGCAAUGCGACUCCAAAUAAUACAUCUCCCCCUGUGUUUUCCAAACCAAUGGAUUCAAAUAUUCGUCCAUGUGCAUCUGCAAAUGGGGAAGACAUGGAUUCCCCACAGUCUCUUCAGGACGACGUGACUGAAUACAGCCCUAACGUAGACAGUUGUUGUGCUAACGCAGCACAAGGACCUGAUCAGACGAGAGCCCGGAAGAAGCUGAAAAAAUACAUAUUUCGGGCAGUUUCUGAGGGGAAUAUUGAAGAAUUGCAAGGUCUGCUCGCAGAGCUGAAGGAGCGAUCAAAUGUUUGUACAAGCAUGACUGUGCCAGAUUAUCUAAUGAAAAAAUUCACAGCUUCAGAUACUGGGAAAACUUGUCUGAUGAAAGCUCUACUGAACAUAAACAACAACACAAAUGAGGUAGUGAAUAUGCUGCUAUCCUUUGCAGAAGAAAAUGGUAUUUUGGAGAGGUUUAUCAAUGCAGCGUACACAGAAGAGGCAUAUAGAGGUCAGACAGCUCUGAAUAUUGCCAUUGAAAGAAGACAAUUUGAAAUCACUCAGACCCUCAUAGAAAAAGGAGCUGAUGUCAAUGCUCACGCCCAGGGUAUUUUUUUUAACCCCAAACAUAAACAUGAAGGCUUUUAUUUUGGUGAAACUGCCCUGGCUUUAGCUGCGUGUACCAAUCAACCAGAUAUAAUCGAGCUGUUAAUGGACAACACCAGGACCAACAUUGCUUCUCAGGAUUCCAGAGGAAACAACAUCCUACACGCAUUAGUUACUGUUGCAGAGGACUUUAAAACUCAGAAUGACUUUGUAAUCAGGAUGUACGAUAUGAUCUUGUUGAAAAGUAAAGACAGAAAUUUGGAAAAAGUGAAGAACAAGGAGGGUUUAACACCGCUACAAUUAGCUGCAAAAACUGGGAAGUUGGAGGUUCUGAAAUACAUCCUCAGCAGAGAGAUAAGAGAGAAACCCAACAGAAGCCUGUCAAGAAAAUUCACAGACUGGGCUUAUGGUCCUGUCCAAUCUUCUCUUUAUGAUCUGACAGAACUGGAUACCACUGCAGACAAUUCAGUACUGGAAAUCAUUGUCUACAACACGAAUAUCGGUAAUCGCCAUGAAAUGCUGACACUGGAGCCCCUGAAUUCACUCCUGCGAAUGAAAUGGAAGAAAUUUGCACGGCACAUGCUGUUUAUGUCAUGUUGCUUUUAUUUCCUGUACAACGUAACACUGACGUUAGUUUCCUACCACAGACCUAAUGAAAAUGAAGCUCCUCCUUACCCUUUAGCACUGACUCGCGGUGUGGGAUGGCUGCAGUUAUCAGGACAGGUGAUGGUUAUGAUAGGAGCGAUAUUUUUAGCCAUCAAAGAGAGUGUUGCCAUCUUUCUGCUCAGGCCCUCAGACCUGCAAUCAAUUCUUUCUGAUGCGUGGUUCCACUUUGCAUUUUUCAUACAAGCCAUGCUUGUGAUCUUCUCUGUCUUUCUGUACUUGCUUUCCUACAAAGAACACCUCGUGUGUCUUGUUCUGGCAAUGGCCCUGGGAUGGGCUAAUAUGCUCUAUUUCACCAGAGGUUUCCAGUCCAUGGGAAUUUACAGUGUUAUGAUUCAAAAGGUCAUCCUGAACGAUGUGAUAAAAUUUUUAGUUGUCUAUAUCGUGUUUUUGCUGGGAUUUGGCGUAGCUCUUGCUGCAUUGAUUGAAACUUGCCAAAAUGGUGGUGAAUGCCAUUCCAACAGCAGUCUGGGACCUGUUCUGAUGGAUCUUUUUAAGCUCACCUUAGGUCUGGGUGAUCUGGAGAUCCAGCAAAAUUCCAAGUAUCCUGUGCUAUUUCUUCUGCUCCUUAUAACGUAUGUUGUGUUGACUUUUGUUCUUCUCUUGAACAUGCUGAUUGCAUUAAUGGGAGAAACGGUGGAAGAUAUUUCUAAAGAGAGUGAGCACAUCUGGAAACUCCAGAGAGCCAGAACCAUUUUGGAAUUUGAAAAGUUCUUACCAAAAUCCUUGAGGAAAAAAUUCCAACUGGGAGAGCGGUGCAAAGUGGCUGAAAACGACACACGGGUUUGCUUGAGGAUUAAUGAAGUGAGAUGGACUGAGUGGAAAACACAUGUUUCGUUUAUUAAUGAAGAUCCAGGGCCAACAGAUCCAAGCAAAGUUCAAGAUAAUUCAAGAACUAAUAGCAAAAACACCUUGAAUACGUUUGAAGAAAUGGAUGAUUUGCCUGAAACUUCUCUUUAGUUGUUCUGUAUUUGAUAUGUAGAUGUUUGUAAAGUUAAAAGCGCCAGCGGCUGAUGUUGGAAGGUUCUUUGUUAUUUUGGACAGCUGUAACCAGCUGGAGCACGAACGGACAGGGAUGUGGUCUGGGGACUUGAACCCAUUGAAUCAGGGCAGCUGAGCUACAGCAAAAUGGACUAUUGCUCUGGUUCAGAUCUAAGCCUGAAAGCUGCUGCUGUCCCAGCUCAUGUGCCUACUGAAACUUGGCUCUAGACUGCUCCAAGAUGGGUCAGAUGGGAGAUAUCUCUUCCUUUUGUGGGAAAUUAAGAUCUUUGGGAUCCUGAUCUGCUGUCUGUUGGUGUGGAAUCUUUAACUCCUGGGAAAUAUUUUGUGUUCUGAGAAAAGAAAGGCAUUUCAAUAGGUCUGCGGAAUGAAGUCUGUUGUUUUGGAACAGCAUUUGCAACUUUUCGUUUUGCUGGUCAGUGUUACCGGGGGUUUAUCCUGCAAGCUGGAGAAAAGCCUCUGUGCCAAGCGGCCUCUGCAGGUCUCCUUUCCUUGUGAUCAGUGCGUGGUGCCUGCAGUGUCACAUGCGCUGCACUGCUAUUUGUUCAUUAUUCAUACAAAGCCUUCCCAUGAAAUAACGGGGCAGAGACAGAAUUCAUGAUGGAGAACAUUUCAGAGGCUCUUCUGAAGUCAGUGGCUUUGUUUUUCCAGUUGCUGCCUGGCUUCCCCACACUUGUGCAUCUUGUUGUGCACAAACUGCUGCGUUAGAAGAUUUCAGGUGUAAUUAAUUUCUACAUUCAGCUACUUCAGGAAAAUUAGCAAUCAGCAUUUCUCCCCCCAGAGACAAAAGGAGUUCAGUACGGUGCAAUGGUGGAGUUCUUAUUGUGGUUAUUUUUUUUAUCCAGAGGACAGUAAUGCAUUUCUGUAGCACUCCUUAUUUCAUUACUUGGGACGGUCCACUAUUUUAAGUUAUUUUUUGUUGUUGUUUUCGUUUUUAUUUGUGUAUGUAUAAAAAAGAUUUGCUCUGUGAGCCUUCAGAUUUCAAUUAAUGCAAUGCAUGUCUUCCUUGUCCUGGGUUUUCUUCAUAUGCGUGUUCCUUUGGUGCCUGUUUUAAAGAUGCCAUGUAGGAAACGCUCAGGUAAAUUCUGUUCUGUGUUUGAAUGAUAAUAUGAACUGCAUUGAAUUCCUACAGCUAAGCCUGAAGUUCGCAAACUGACCCCAAAGACUUUCUUAACACAGAAGAGAGCGUGAGCGAGCUCUGCAGAGGAACGAUGAGUGCAAAGCAGUUUGCAGGGAUGUGAACACGGUUCUCUCUACCAGCUUAUCUCCUAUAGAUGCCCUGUCCUUGUUUGCUACCGUGCACGGCCCAGACGGACGGGAUCAAACUGAAAUCUUCAGUGACUGUCUUACAAUGCAGAGGAAUUAUAGAGGAAGGAUGUUCAUGAGUCUCAAUAGUUUGACCUUCUCAGUAGGAUAUGUGAGUAUGAGAAGAAAAAUUCCUUUCUUCCUGGAAUCUUUCAUCUCUGCUGGUUAAUUUUGCAUUGAAGCUGCCAACAAAGAACAUUGCCAUAGGACAAGACGGUUCUGUUUGGACUCUUUCCAGUGCCAGUUUCUGUACAAAAACAUACCUCAUCGCAUAUACUCAGGAGCCAGGAAGAAAGCCGGUCUGCUCUGUUGUCCAUAUUGCUACGGACAGACUUGUCACUGAAAACGGGUUCAGCUGUCCCUGUACUGUACUGAGGUCACUCUGUAGGCACAGCCAUAAACAGAGAAGGCACAAAAAAUGUAAGGAAUGUUCCGUAGCCGCGUUCAGGUACAAAGCUGUGUGCUAAAACUGAGGGAGGAGGCAGGGGUUAUUCGAUCUCAAAGUCAUUCAGUGAGAAAAUACCCUGCUUUCUGGCCACUGAGUCCUGCCAGAACACGCAUCCAAGCAUCUCUCAUCUCAAGGCUUUUUUCAAGAACACAGUAAUGACUGCAGCAGGUCAAUCAGUAAUUUUUAUUCAAUAUUUAUCUGAGAAUAAAGAAAUAAAACGUGUAAUUCAAUAAACAUC